CAAUCAAAACCUCGAAAUUCAUCAUUGGAGUAUCUUCAGUACCUCAUUUUUGCUUUCCUCUGCAACUUUACCAAUUUGAAAGCCGUCGUCUUCUUCACAAGCCAUGAGCAACAACAAUCCUCCAAAACCCGUGUUUUUAACCAAAGCCCAACGCGAACAGUUAGCCCUUCAACGCCUCGAGGAGCAACGCGCCCAACAGAAACGCCGCAUCGAAGACCUCCGUUCCGCCAAUGGCGCCGCCAAUAACCGUUCCGAUUCUUCUUCUGGUAAACCCACUUCUGAUUCUUCCGACCGACGCGACCGGGAACGGCAGCGUGAGAGGGAUCGAGAGUCUGAGCGGAGGAACCGUGAGCGCGAGCGGGAGGAGGAAGCCAAGGCGCGGGAACGGGCGAGGUCGGAGAAGUUAGCGGAGAGGGAAAGGGAGAAGGAAUUGGAAGCGAUUAAAGAGCAAUAUCUCGGAUCGAAGAAGCCCAAGAAAAGGGUUAUUAAACCUAGUGAGAAAUUUAGGUUUUCUUUCGAUUGGGAAAACACGGAAGAUACUUCGAGGGAUAUGAAUUCUUUGUAUCAAAACCCUCAUGAGGCUCAGCUUUUGUUUGGGAGAGGGUUUAGAGCUGGGAUGGAUCGGAGAGAACAGAAGAAGUUAGCGGCUAAGAAUGAAAAGGAGAUGAGAGAAGAAAUUAGGAAAAAAGAUGGUGUUGAAGAGAAACCAGAGGAAGCUGCGGCACAGAAGUUAAAAGAAGAAGCAGCGAAUACUUAUGAUACUUUUGAUAUGAGGGUCGAUAAGCAUUGGUCUGAUAAGAAGCUUGAGGAAAUGACUGAAAGAGAUUGGAGGAUUUUCAGGGAAGAUUUUAAUAUUUCCUAUAAAGGGUCGAAAAUACCACGCCCCAUGAGGAGUUGGAGUGAGAGUAAAUUGACUGCCGAGUUAUUGAAAGCAGUGGAAAGAGUUGGGUAUAAGAAGCCUUCACCUAUACAAAUGGCGGCUAUUCCUUUGGGGUUGCAACAAAGGGAUGUAAUUGGGAUUGCAGAGACAGGAUCAGGUAAGACUGCUGCUUUUGUUUUGCCUAUGUUAGCUUAUAUAUCUAGAUUACCUCCUAUGAGUGAAGAGAAUGAAGCUGAGGGGCCUUAUGCUGUUGUAAUGGCUCCGACUCGUGAACUUGCUCAACAAAUUGAGGAUGAAACCAUGAAGUUUGCACAUUAUUUAGGUAUUAAAGUUGUUUCAAUUGUUGGGGGUCAGUCAAUAGAGGAACAAGGGUUUAGGAUUAGACAAGGUUGUGAGGUUGUUAUUGCGACCCCCGGUCGAUUGCUUGAUUGUUUAGAGAGGCGGUAUGCUGUGUUGAAUCAGUGUAAUUAUGUGGUUCUUGAUGAAGCUGAUAGGAUGAUAGAUAUGGGUUUUGAACCCCAAGUUGUUGGUGUAUUGGAUGCUAUGCCAUCUAGUAAUUUGAAACCGGAGAAUGAAGAUGAAGAGCUUGAUGAAAAAAGGAUAUAUCGGACUACUUAUAUGUUUAGUGCUACGAUGCCUCCAGCUGUUGAGAGGCUAGCCAGGAAAUAUUUAAGGAAUCCUGUUGUGGUCACCAUUGGUACAGCUGGAAAGGCUACCGAUUUAAUUUCUCAACAGGUGAUGAUGGUGAAGGAAUCAGAGAAGUUUCCGAGAUUACAGAAGUUGCUUGAUGAGCUUGGGGAUAAGACCGCAAUUGUGUUUGUCAAUACCAAGAAGAAUGCUGAUACUAUUUCAAAGAAUCUUGAUAAGUCUGGUUAUAAAGUAACAACUUUGCAUGGUGGAAGGUCACAGGAGCAGAGAGAAAUUAGCCUUGAGGGUUUUAGGGCCAAGAGAUUCAAUGUCCUUGUUGCUACAGAUGUUGCAGGUCGUGGAAUUGAUAUUCCAGAUGUGGCUCAUGUAAUAAACUAUGAUAUGCCUGGUAAUAUUGAAAUGUAUACGCAUCGUAUUGGAAGAACAGGACGUGCAGGGAAGACUGGUGUGGCUACAACAUUUUUGACUCUUCACGACACCGAUGUCUUCUUCGAUCUCAAGCAGAUGCUUGUUCAAAGUGGCAGCCCUGUGCCUCAUGAGCUGGCAAAGCAUGAAGCUUCUAAAUUCAAACCAGGAACAAUUCCUGAUAGACCUCCUAGACGCAAUGACACUGUAUUUGCACACUGAGAAGCUCUGUACUAUGGUAUUUUAGUUGCCAAAUUUUCUUUCAUUGCUGCUUACAAGUGAUUGCUUUUGUACUGUUAUUGCAGCAUUUGAAAGUGUUAGUUGCUGACUUUGCCUUUACUUGCUACUACAAUUGCUGAUCAUAGCAAAAGUAACAUUUUGAACUAUUUUUAAUUUCUGGUCUUUGAUUAAUAUUAUAUAUAUCUUGUCUGGGAUUGUAACA